CAUCUACUUACCUGCACUCGAUUUCGAGCAUUGCUGUGGAUCUUUAACUUCUGAGUUAAGACUGUGGGAGAUCCUGAUCACUUCACGGAGGUCAAGCUGUUCACAGAGGUUCUGCUGCUGCCGGGCGCCUGUCGGUUCCACGAGCUCUGUCUCUAAACAGUGAGUUUGCCAGACGGGUGCCUCUCAUCAGGCUGUCUGGACCAGUGGCUCGGGUCCCAUCCAACUCACCUGGUUCCCCGGGCACCACACUACGACAUUACAGGACCCUCCCCAUAUACACCCUGGAUUCGCCAAGUGGAGUUAGUUCUCGCAUUUAAACUUGCCACGUGUCAGUUUUCGUUUAACCGAACAAGUUGUUUGACCGUUUUAACUACCCCCCCAAAGGUACGGACAAUACUACUCGCAUGAAUCUUGCCAUUUCGGGCCACGUUCGGCACUUUCAUUUCGGAUUUUUACGAAGCUGUCUUAAAAUAAAGGGUAAGGGAUUACGCUUUAAUUCCCCUCAUUUUAACUGGAUUUCAGCUUUUCGUUUAACAUAUAUUUGAAGGUUGCUGUGUUAAUAUCGCCACCUUGUGGCCUUGUUUACAACAAUUGUUUUGUGUUAAUUACUGUGUCUAAUGUCUGAUUAAUUCCUGAUUGAGGUUUGUUUCCUUAACCUAGACUGUUGUUUUCACGGGGACAGUUAUAUGCACUAUAGUUCCUACAACUUGUACGUUCAAAUUCAAACAUAUCAAGUAUUUAUCAUUUUUUCCGCUUGCUUCAGCCUCAUUUGGUCUACCUUUCAUGAAUUAAUUAGCCAAUCAGGAGUUCCAAGUGUCUUUCUGCUAAAUAUUGGUACGUGGUUUAGGGUAUUGUUUGCUUCAAGGGAUUAUUAUUUGUGAAAAAAAUAUUGUUUAUUAUAGUAGUUGAUUUUAGUCCUAUCUCCAUGUAGGUACUGACGCUCAUCCAUCCAAGCCCGCAUGAAUUGUCGCUCUAGCGAAAUAUUAAAGGUCAUUCUUGCCGCUAGACUUAUUAGUAAGUGGCUAUCAUUUGAAUUGUUUCUUGACUGCAGGUAUUUUUAUUUGUUGGAAGUUAUAAAUUAAGUCUUGUCAACUGGUCUUCUCCCAAGUAUUCAUUACCUGCAGCCUCAUGUGGCAUUUGAGAAUCAGGAGACCGGCAUUGGUUCACCUAUGCUAUUUUUAGGAUGUAGGCCCUAGUGGGAGUUUUUAUGGGUACUUUUCUCUUAUUUUAGUAGACACUCCUGUUUCUUGCUACAACCUCACCUAUACAUAUACAAGUCCAGUUACUUGACUAAGGUACAAAUUAGACACUGCUAUAAGUACGUAGUAACCAGGACUGGCUUCUUCUCUAGCUAUACACUAGGGCCCAACUAGGUACGACUUACUAGGUCUCUUCACCAUAAUCAGUGGUCCAGCGAGGCCAACUCCCAUCCUCAACUCGAGGUACAUUCGCCCAUCAAAUCCAAUGCAUAGUUAGUGCCUCGCUCAUUGGUACAGUGAGGGUCUCACCUGUCAUACCUUAUUGACUAUUUGUUAUGUCACCUGAGGAGUGCUCCCUGGCAAUACGCUAGAGGGUAUUUACGCCUGCGUGCCAAUUCAUAGUUAAAGCCUCUCUGGCCACUUGGCGUCUAACUAGGUCAGCAAAUUCAUCUUCUGUUAAUACAAUUUCGCCUGGCAUUAGCUACGGACAGUCCACCAUUUCACUUCACCUAUCAUUAACGCUAUGUUACAUUUUGUCUAUGCUUCCUACUUAGAAUGUCCAACGAGUGCAUUCAAGGUGAUGACCUAUUAUUACCUAGUACCCUGCUAGGAACGAUUCUCCCUCCAGGCAAGGGGACUCAGCAAGAACUAGUUCAUAAAGAUCAUGGACUAUUACGGCUAAAUUAAAGAUAACAAAUAUAGCCUACCCACGCACGGUAAGGAAGGUUGAAUUGUUUAGACUGUUAAGGUCUCAGGCAGACUCUGGAACCCCUGGUCCCAGUUAUGAAGGAGUUGUUUGGCUGACCUGCACUGCGUAAUUACUAAUUUGGUGCGAGUGUUGGAGUGCAGGGUAAUACUCUUAUGGUUGCUAACCAGCCCUCAGCCUCCACUAGUAACAUAAUCAUGCCAGCCCAUCUAGUUAUUUUGAUGCUGAGAAAGGACAUCUUGGAGGGCAAAGAUGUCAACCUGGUGUCCUUGCUCGUAGCAUCACAGGACGUCAUUGACAACAAGUAAUACUCAUUUGGUGACUUGUCUGUUGUAGUGAAUGCACAGGACUCUAGGCUCAACAAAAUACUAUCUAUCCCAGAGUUUGUUUUAACAUUUGGGUUGUUUAAGGAUGUAAUAUGUUCAGUUUUUUCCCAAAGACGUGAAGAGUUCGACUUGUACUUGCACAAGCUGGUCGACCUCAGGCAUAAGUACGGCGCAUUCGCGUUUUUUUUUUUACUAUCACAAGUCAAUUUCCGCAAAGGUAGCCGCCGCACUUUCCCAGGUCAGUAUUAAAACUGAUUGGAGUUCCCUUAAUGCAGAACUAUUUUGUAGACAUUUUGCAGGUCUAAAAGUGCCAGCUUGUGCAGUUUGCUCGUCAUCCAUUUUUGCAACGAAUCUAUGCCCUUAUGCAUCAGUUUUUCGAUAUAGUUCUGUUUCGAUUGUUCCAUCGAAUAAUAUCUUGAUGUUCAGGUCUAAAAAGACUAGUUGUUCAGCGUCAAUUACAUGGGUCAGUUUGAGACCUGUUGUGUUGUAAUUGAGUAAUGUGACCAAUUCUUCAAACUGAGUGAUAGAACCCAACCAAAAGACCAAGAUAUCAUGAAUAUAUCUGUGCCAACUGUAAAUACAGGUCUGAUAUUUAUCUUCUAUGGUUAAUUCCAAAAUAGUUUGCUCCCACCAGCCCAAGUACAGGUUUGCAUAGCUAGGAGCACAUGCUGUGCCCAUAGUAAUGCCCCUGAGUUGAAGGUAAUGAAUUCCAUUGAAUACAAAAAAGUUGUGUGUAAUUACAUAUUCCAACAGUUGAAUGAUAAAGUCGCUUUGUGUUGAGGUGAAUUUGUAUGAUGUGUAUAGGAAAUAUCUAGUUGCCAUAAUCCCUUUUUCAUGGGGGAUGUUAUUAUAAAGUGCUACAACAUCUAGAGAUCUUCCAGCAAAAUGAGUGUUUGCUUUGUAUCUUGGAGGUAAGAUUUUAAAGUAAUCACCAACGGAUGUAAUAGUUUCUCAAGAUAUUGACAACUUCUUUCCAUGAUGGAGCCAUUCCCAGACACUAUUGGUCUCCCUGGUGGAUUACUGAUGUUUUUAUGUAUCUUUGGAAGGCAAUACAGAGUGGCAAUGGUCGGGGUCAGAUGUGGUAAUAUGAAUCUAUAUUCCUCUUUUGUUAUGAUUUUAUUCUCUAAUGCCGGUUCCAAAAUACAUUUAAGUUCUUUUAGGUAGUGUGUGGUAGGGUUAUUAGGUAAUUGCCUGUAUGCUGAUGAAUCCCUAAGAUGUUCCAUACACAUCUCUAUGUAUUGUUCUCUGUCCAUUAUGACCACAUUUCUGCUUUUAUCAGAGGGUUUGAUAAUGAUGUUAGUUUCAAUGUUUAAUUCCUUAAGAGCCCCUCCGUUGCUGUAUGGGAAGAUUGUCUUGUUCAAUUUUGGGAGCGGUAAGAGAUUCAAUUGCAGAUGUGGUCAUCUGGAUGAAAAGAUCAACACUAGACACUUCAGUUAAAUUAGGGGUGAACCAGCUUUCGGGUUUUAAAUCCGUAAGUGCUGGUUCUAAAUUUUGUUCCUCAAGUAAUGAUAAUAACGUUUGAUGAAGUUGGAACUCAUCAUAGAGGAUACCUAUUUCUUUGGCUGUUUUUUGGUCCUUUCUUUUGUGCACUACAUUGAGGGCUAAUUUACGGCCAAAAAGGUCAGUAUCUUUUUUACCUACAGGCACGCUGGAAUGUGACAACCUACUAUCCAUAUUAGAUCACUGUAAUGAUAUUGAUGUUACAAAGUUUUGGAGUCCAGUAGCCAGAUCAGCAAUGUUUUCUGCCAGAGGUAGCCACUCGUUACCCAGGUGGUUGAGCCCCUGAGCCUUGAGUGGCCUUCUGGUCUUAAGCAGAGAUGGGAGACUGGAACAGAAAGAUGAUAAUCGUAGUGAGGCAAGCCGAGGUCAGUGGGAAGGAGAAGCAGCAAAGUCAAAACAGUCCAAAUUCAGCAACAGGAAGGAGAAACAGGAACACGCUGAUUAGAGAGUACAGGAACCACAAUAAUCUGGCAAAGGUACAGAGACAGGAAGUGGCUUUUAUAGGCCAAGAACCAGACACCUGACCAGACACAGCUGAAGUGAGUUGUCACUGAUAACCUUGACUCUACAAGCAAUGGUAUCAGAUCUCAGGUAAAUUUGCAAAAGGCAGGCUGGUGUACUGGUAAGGAAAAGGUUUAGCACCAUGUAAACCAGGGUUCGAAACCCAGCAGAGUUAGUUCCUCAAAUUAACUCCACCUCUACAGGCGCAGCCUCUGGAUGCCCUAUUUCCUGGUUUAGCAGGGUACUGUGCAUGGAAAGACUGAAGAAGAUCAGGAGCAUGAAUAUUGUCCACUGGUUCCCAUGAUCUAUCCUCCUCACCAUAGCCUUUCCAAUGAACCAAGUAUUGAAGCUUGUUGCGGAAGAUCCUGGAGUCAAGAAUUUUUUCCACCUCGUAUUCAUCUUCACCAUCCACGAGGACUGGUGGUGGGGCAGGCAAGGCUCGACCAGGGAAAGUAUUUUCAUGAAAAGGUUUAAGCAGUGCCACGUGAAACACCAGAUGUAUUUUCAUGGAAUCCGGAAGUUGCAGACGGAAGGUGACUGCAUUGAUCUGAGCGAUUAUCUUAAAAGGUCCCAUGAACUUUUGACCCAAUUUAUGAGAAGGAAUCCUAAGCUUAAGAUUCUUUGUUGACAGCCAAACCUUGUCACCAACAUGAUAAACUGGGGCCUCCUUUCUGUGCCUAUCAGCAGCUCUUUUGUAACAUUCCUGAGCCUCCGAAAGAGUCUCCUUCAACAGUUCUUGGGAAUCUCGUAAGGCGGUUAGCCGGUCAGUGACUGCAGGAAUGGGAGUAGUAAUUGGGAGACUCACUAGAAAGGUUGGAUGGUAACCAUAAUUGGCAAAAAAUGGGCUCAGAGAAGUGGAGCAGUGUUGGGCAUUGUUAUAGGCAAACUCCGCCGUGGGUAGAAAAUCUAGCCAGUCAUCCUGCAGGUAACUAAUAUAGCACCGCAAAUAUUGUUCUAAAGUCUGGUUGGUUUGCUCAGUCUGUCCAUUACUUUGUGGAUGAAAAGCUGAAGACAGAUUUACAUUAAUACCUAGAAUAGAACAAAAAUAUUUCCAAAAAUGAGAUGUAAACUGCACUCCCCUGUCAGAAAUUACUUCAUCAGGCACUCCAUGCAAGCGAAAUAUUUCCCGAAUAACAAGGUCAGCAGUCUGUUUAGCUGAAGGGAGACCACGAGCUGGUAUGAAAUGACUCAUCUUGGUUAACCAGUCCACAACAACAAGAAUAGUAGUGUGUUCCUUAGAGGGAGGUAGUUCCACAAUAAAGUCCAUGGAUAUAGAUCCCCAGGGACGAUGAGGAAUCGGAAGAGGCUGAAGCAAGCCAACAGGGGAUGAGCGAGGAGUCUUAUGUCUGGCACAUACAUCACAAGAGGACACAUACUUCUUAACAUCCUCAUAAUAUUUAGGCCACCAAAAGGAUCGGGUAAGUAGUUCUUGUGUCUUUCGGAUUCCUGGAUGACCUGCUGGUUUAGAGUCAUGGUAGAGGUGUAAAACGUCCAGUCGCACUGAUUCUGGAACAAACAGACGUUGUUGAAAAAUCCAAAAUCCAUUAAGCAUGGUCAUAUGAAGAUCACGAGGAGGAUCACGAAAAACUGGAUCUUUAGAGUAGCCCUUUUUAAUGCGAGACAUUAGAUCAGAAGGAAAGGUAACUCCUAAAAAUCUGCUCUCCGGCAAGAUGGUGGCCUUGGUUACUGUAGUAUGGAGGGGGUCAGCUAUCCUAGACAAGGCAUCCGCCUUGCCAUUUCUGGAACCAGGGCGGUAUGAAAUAAAAACAUUAAACCUUGAGAAAAAUAGGGACCAGCGUGCUUGUCUAGCUGACAGUCUCUUAGCGGAUUGGAUACAUUCUAGAUUUUUGUGAUCUGUGAGGACAGUAAUUGGAUGGGUGGCUCCCUCCAAGAGAUGUCUCCAUUCGGUGAAGGCAGCUUUUAUAGCCAAAAGUUCUUUAUUCCCUAUGUCAUAAUUUCUUUCUGCUGGUAACAUCUGGCGGGAAUAGAAGGCACAUGGAUGUAACAACAUCUUAGGUCCAGUCCUUUGAGAUAGUAUAGCCCCAACAGCUGAAUCAGAAGCAUCUACCUCUACAGUAAAUGGCAAUUCUGGCUGAGGAUGCACCAAGAUAGGGGCAGAUGUAAACAGAGUCUUUAACCUGGAAAAUGCAGUGUCAUCCUUAUUGGACCACUGAAAAGGAGUCCCUUUACGUGUAAGUUCAGUGAUCGGUGUAAUAACGGCAGAGAAAUUCUUAAUGAAACGCCUGUAAAAAUUGGCAAACCCCACAAAUCUCUGUAUAUCUUUUUCAUUCUUGGGGAUGGGCCAGUCCAGCACAGCUUUAAUUUUACUUGCGUCCAUACUUAAACCUUUAGGAGUUAUUACAUACCCCAGGAACUGAAUUUCUGUUUGUUCAAACUCACAUUUUUCCAGUUUAAUGUAUAGGUGGUGGGUACGAAGGCGCUCAAGAACAAUGCAGACCUGUUUUCUGUGAUUUUCAAGAUUAUCAGAAAAUAUCAGGAUAUCAUCCAAAUAUGCCACAACAAACUGAUCCAGGAGAUCCCGUAGUACAUCAUUGAUUAGAUGCUGAAAAGUUGCAGGGGCAUUACAAAGCCCAAAUGGCAUUACUAGAUAUUCGUAAUGUCCGUACCUGGUUCUGAAAGCUGUUUUCCAUUCAUCAUUUGGUCUUAUGCGAACCAGAUUAUAUGCCCCCCGUAGAUCAAGCUUCGUAAAUAUUUUAGCUGAACGAAGUCUCUCCAGAAGUUCAGGAAUGAGAGGCAAGGGAUAACGGUUUUUAACAGUGAUUUUAUUAAUGUCCCUGUAAUCGACACAUGGUCAUAGACUGCCAUCUUUCUUUUUUACAAAGAAUAUAGGAACUCCUGCUGGAGAAGUGGAUGGUCGAAUAAAGCCUUUGGCAAGAUUUUCUUGUAUGUAUUCACGAAGUGCUUUCAAUUCAGGCUCAGAAAGGGAGUAUAUACGGCCAAAUGGGAUAGCAGCUCCAGGUAGCAGCUCUAUGGGGCAAUCAUAAGGCCUGUGAGGUGGAAGCUGAUCAGCAUUCUUCUUAUCACAGACAUCUGCAAAAUCCCGAUAUUGUAGCGGAAGCUUGGUUAAGUUUGUAGCAACCAUUUCAUUAAUUGUUGUGGUAACAGGUGUCGCCUUAGAGGGUUGACAAUUCAUUAAGCAGUGUUCUGAAGGAAAGGACAAAGUUCUAGUCUUCCAAUCAAUCUGUGGGUUAUGCAGAGCAAGCCAGGGUAUACCCAAAAUCACUGGAAACUGUGUUGAGGAAAUUAGGUGGAAAGAUAUAGACUCAUGGUGAUUCACUUCCAGAAUCAAUUUUAAGGGCACAGUCUCAUGUGUAACCGGGCCUGACGUAAGUGGAGAACCGUCUACUGUUUCCAUUAACACAGGUGAAGAUUUAGGGAUAGACUGAAUUUUAUUUCCUGCUGCAAAUUUAAUGUCCAUAAAGUUUCCGCCUGCUCCGGAAUCUAUCAUAGCUGUAGUUGAAAUUUUAUUAUUACCAUAUUGCAAAGUGAUUGGCACCACCAAAUGAGGAUGUUGAGUCAUCAUACCUUCUUCACCCUGAGCCAGAGAAAACAAGGGUUGUGUGACAGAAUCCAGUUGGUCUGAAAUCUGGGAUUGGUGUUGAAUCUGUGCACCCUCAGCAGUCAUAGCUAUUGUUCUUUUAGACUUGUUAGGGCAAUUGAUGGCAUAAUGCCCUGCACUACCACAAUACAGGCAUAAGUUGUGAGUGCGUCGCCACUGUUUUUCUUCAUUGGAUAAUGGCCCUCUUAUUAGAUCUACCUGCAUAGCCUCAGGUUCAGAGUCUGUAGGUGUUUGUGGGGUCGGAGUAGAAAUUCUUGAAUAGAAAGUAGGAGUAGCACUUGGUUUAAAAGAGCCCUGUCUUUCCAAUCUUCUUUCUGAAAGUCUCCGAUCAAUACGGAUAGCCAACCGCACAAAUGCAUCAAACUCAACAGGAAGAUCAACACGAGCUAGCUCAUCUUUUAUAGCUUCUGAGAGACCCCUUCUGAAGUGGAACCUCUGGGCUGAUUGGUUCCAAGUAGUAUCAGUAACCCACUGUCUGAAUUCAGCAGCAUAUUCAGCCACAGAGCGCCUCCCUUGAUGUAAAUGAAGGAGAGUGGCUUCUGCUGUAGCACAGCGAUUGGGAUCAUCAAAAACUAGGCACAUGGCCUCAAGAAAGUCUUUUAAAUUUCCCAAGAUUGGACUGUCCUGUUCCAGAAAAGGGGAGCCCCAGGCCAGGGCUUCAUCUUUGAAGAGGGAAAAAAUAAAUCCCACCUUCUCUCUUUCAGAUGGAAAACGGUUAGGUAACAUCAUGAAAUGCAAACGGCAUUGAUUUAGGAAACCCCUGAAUUUUUUGCGGUCUCCUCCAAAUUUUUCUGGUAGAGGCAAGCGGGCAUCUUGUGCAGGUGUAACAGUAGUAGUAGCAGCAGCCGCAACAUCAUGUGCCCUGUAGCUGGUAAGCUCACUAUGCAUUGAUCGAACUUCAUUUUGCAGUUCAGCUACCUGAUCCUGCAGCACUUGAAUGGUCUGUGCCUGAGUCUGCAUAGUUCUUGCAUUAAAAGCAACCUGCUGGGCCAAUGCAGAAUCUGAUCCGACGGUCUCCAUGAAUGGGCCAGAUUAUUCUGUAAUGAUAUUGAUGUUACAAAGUUUUGGAGUCCAGUAGCCAGAUCAGCAAUGUUUUCUGCCAGAGGUAGCCACUCGUUACCCAGGUGGUUGAGCCCCUGAGCCUUGAGUGGCCUUCUGGUCUUAAGCAGAGAUGGGAGACUGGAACAGAAAGAUGAUAAUCGUAGUCAGGCAAGCCGAGGUCAGUGGGAAGGAGAAGCAGCAAAGUUCGAAACCCAGCAGAGUCAGUUCCUCACAAUCACCCACAGUUGGUACACAAACUUAUCAUGACCGAGGUGAACCAAGGGUUUUUGUUGGGCCCAUUCUUUUCAUCAACCUUCACAUCUUGGAGAACCAACCCCAUUGGGGUUGUCAUGGGAAAAAACUUACACAAACCUAGACUGAUCAUUGAUUUAUCUGCACCACAUUCCUCCGCGGUUCCCAGCCUAAACUCACUCAUACCUUCUGAAGAGUUUUCACUACAUUAUGCCACUAUCGACCAUGCCAUAGGUGUCAUCAUUAAAGCAGGCACAGGGGCAUGGUUAAGUAAAACGGAUGUAGUGAAUGCCUUCAAGUUACUUCCUAUGCACCCUUCCCUUUGGUACCUUCACGGCAUUAAAUGACAAGGGUUAUAUUAUUUCUUCACCCGUCUCACUUUUGGCUCCAAAAGUAGCCCACGUAUUUUUGACACAUUUGCAGAGGCUUUGUGUUGGUUAUUACUUAAUGUGUGUAAAUUUCCUUCAGUUAUUCACUAUCUGGAUGAUUUCCUCACGAUUGAGAACAACAAACUCCCCCCAAGUAGUUUGAAACACAUGUUGGCUUUGUUUGAAUCCCUCACUAUCGCAGUCUCCCUGCACAAGACGUUGGGCCCAGACACCAACAUUCAAAUUUUUGGGGAUACAACUAGACACUGUACACAUGCAGACUAGCCUCCCUCAGGACAAAAUUGAGUGUACCCUGGCAAGCAUCGAACACUACCUACUGCAAGGGUGUUGCACCCGGAAAGAACUGCAAUCACUGCUGGGGUCGCUCAACUUUGCAAUGAGGAUCAUUCCACAAGGUAGAUCUUUAAUUUCACAUCUACUAUCCCUAUUUCCACAAUUCACCUCAGACACUUCACGUAUCACGUUAGACCACCACGCAACCUCUGAUUUACGUAUGUGGGUUUUUAUCUCAGCUCUUGGAACGGGCGAGCCAUGUUUAUACCACCCCACUCUGACACCGCACCUACACUGUGGACAGAUGCCGCAACAAACACAGGUUUUGCAGCCAUCUGGGGAGAUCAAUGGCUUUGGGGACCAUGGCCAACUGAAGUCAAAUCACUGCCCAAAUUCACCAAGACCUCAGCUUUAUUUGAGCUGUACCCAAUUGAGGCGGCGGCCAUUGCCUGGGGACCACAUUGGUCCGGUCACACAGUUAGGUGCUACUCGGAUAAUAUGGCUACAUGCCAUAUUGUCAAUAAAGGCCGGUCAGCAUCCCUGGUAAUUAUGAGACUCCUAAAACGACUCACAUGGGUAGCGGCCACCUGUCAAUUCUUUAUCACAUGUGUUCACGUUCCGGGGUGCACAAACACUGGUGCUGAUCACAAGUCUCGAUUUCGUUUUCAGGAUUUCUUCAUGACACUACCCUCCGCUUCCAGACUGGCAACUCCUGCCCCACAUUUCCGAGACAUGAUAAUGGAUUAAAGGCUUUGUUAGAUCACGCACGUCACAUUUCUCACCUCGCACUUUCAGUAAACACUAGGACACAUACGACAGGGAUUUUCACGUAUUCAAGAAAUUCAUCACUGAAUUCCACAUCCACGACAUGUUCACGUUAGAAUCAAUAUUGGGUUUCACUUCUUUUUGCCACAUCAACCUUAAAUUAUCAUUCAACACUAUAAAGCUGUACAUUACGGGCAUUCAACACCACAUGCUUAUCCAACAACCCAACGCUACAGGUUUCCUGACCUCAUAUCAAAUUCAGACAGUACUUAAAGGCAUUAAAAAAUUGGACGCACACGUCCCCUCACAAAGACUUCACAUAGACAACAGCAUAUUCCAUUCACUAAUCAAUUUAUUAGAUUCUUCUCCUUUCGAACCCAUAACUAAUACCGUAAUAAAGACAGCUAUAUAUUUAGCUUUUUAUGGGUUCCUCCGACCCAACGAAUUCACGACUAGGACCAUUACAACCUCCAACUACCUAAGAACUAUGGACUUGCAAAAACAUAACAACCAUUACUUACUAUUUUUAAAACAAUCAAAAACCAGCACCAUAGGUCAUACUAUUGAAAUCCCCUUGAAUCCUACCCAUAAUAAAUGGUGCCCAGUACAAGCCUUUGACGCUUAUUUUCUUUCACUCCACAAACAACCUCUACAACCUUUGCUCGAACUGCAUGGAAACAUUCUGACUACAACAAACUUUAUGCUUUAUGUACAACUACUGUUGACUAGGCUCGGCCUAAACCCCAAUAAUUUCUCAGGUCACUCUUUCCAAAUUGGGGCAGCAUCUACAGCAUCUGCUAAUCACGUACCCACUCACAUUAUCAAGGUGAUGGGUUGCUGGAAAUCCUCCGCCUACACACUCUACAUACCUAAUCCUGUUAAAGAAUUAAGACCAGCUUUCUGUGACUUAUCUAAAUAAAUAAAGCUGGUUAACCGUAUUACAUCUUAUGGUAUUUUCUUUUGCCCACUUUUAUUACAGGCCUACUGCUUUGUCGGUUCCGGCCCACCACAACCAACUGGUUCCAACUCAUUGAUGUUAUGGUUAUUAUAUGCUAGAUUUCUGUAUACGACUAUAUUGCCCCGUCUACAAAUAUAUAUAUAAUUUUAUUCUAACGAUAUUUUGAUAAUAUAUAUGCCAUUCUGGGGUCAAGAAGGAUUUUUUUUCCUAGCUUGUUUCAAAAUUGUGCUUCAAACUGGUUUUGAAGCAAGUCUGAACUUGAUGGACGCAAGUCUCUUUUCAGCUAUGUAACUAUGUAACUAUAUAUUUAUAUCAAAAUACACUUAUAAUGAAAUUAUAUAUAUAUAUAUAUAUAUAUAUAUAUAUAUAUAUAUAUAUCUGUUUAUAUAAUAUAUUUUUUAUAUUAUGUACUUAUUAGGCUGCCGCCUUUUGUAUCACACAGCUAGGUUUUCAAUGCUGCCGCCCAUCCCAUGUGUUCCCUAUCAAGGGUUAAUAAGUCUAUAGGUGUAUAGGGUGUAUAUAAAAAAAAUACCCCUUUCUGUCUCAUUAGAGAUAUCUUUGCCAGAAGCUCAAGGAAGCAAGGUGAAGGGUCAGAGUAGGACCCGUCUAUGGGGGUCUGCCUUGAUGUUGGCAGGUGGGCAUUCCCUCCAUCCCUCCUGCCAUUGGAGUAACUAAAUGACCUCCAUUCAUUUAAAUAUACAUAGGGAUUAAGGAGAGAGUGCAGGUAACUUUUUUCCUUUGGUUUUUACUAUAUGUAUUGGAGCUGAAUUGUACUGCUCAACAAGGUUCCUGAUGAAAGUCCCAAACGUCGACUGAAACGUUGAGCAGCUAUUUUUAAAGAUGGAUGAAUAAAGUUUACAACUUUUAAUUACCUAUUGGAAUCCGUGAGUGCUGGUCAUCUUCUCUAUCUGGUAUCCCCCAGAUUACAAGCACCCGGUUUAACUACUUUGGAGCCAGUGUGCAAGGAGAUUGUGGAAUAUAUAUAUAAUAUAUAUAGUUUGAAUCUAAAAAAGUGAGAAAUUAAGAUUUUUAUUUUUUUUAAAUGUUUAGUUCUGCAUGGCAUUUUAACUGUGAAUGUCAUAAUACCGGGUUAAAUAUUUUUAUUCAUAAUGAAUUAUGUUUUUAUAUAUGAAUAGUUCAUGUGAAAAGAAAGUGCUGUUUCUCCUGAACAAAAUUAUAUAUAAUAAAUGUGGGUGCACUUAAAGGACCACUAUAGUGCCCUGAGGGUGCCCCCGCCCGGCUCUGGAAGGGGGAAAGGGGUAAAAACUCACCUUUUUCCAGCGCUGGGCGGAGAGCUCUCCUCCUCCGAUCCUCCUCUUCUCCUCCCUGUCGGCUGAAUGCGCACGCGCGGCAAGAGCUGCGUGCGCAUUCAGCCGGUCACAUAGGAAAGCAUUCAUAAUGCUUUCCUAUGGACACUGGCAUGCUCUCACUGUGAAAAUCACAGUGAGAAGCACGCAAGCGAUUCUAGUGGCUGUCAAUGAGACAGCCGCUAGAGGGAAUGGGGGAAGGCUUAACCCAUUCAUAAACAUAGCAGUUUCUCUGAAACUGCUAUAUUUAUGAAAAAAUGGGUUAACCCUAGCUGGACCUGGCACCCAGACCACUUCAUUAAGCUGAAGUGGUCUGGGUGUCUAGAGUGGUCCUUUAAUAUGAAAAAGGUGAAUAAUGAUUGAACAGACAUAUAGCGCAAAUUCCAGUUUUUUUUUUUUACCUUGUUUUGAUCACAACGUGAACAGCUGGCUCAGUCCUUAAGGGGUUAAACAUGUUUACCAUGCCACUUAUUUAACUUUCUCUUACAGUGAUAUGUGGUUCCUGGUUUGAUCAUUUCAGAGGCUGGUACAUCAACAAGGAGGAGUUUAAUGUACUUUUUAUGACAUAUGAAGAAAUGAAAAAGGUUGGUGAUUGUUUGUUUAUAAAGAAAUGCAUUUAAUUUGUAUACAUCCAGUCUAAAAUGUGCCUAUUAAAUCUCAUGUAACUCACUUCACGUAAACCUCAAUAUAGUCAUUCUCCAAUGAUUUCAUUACUUAUUACGUUUUGUUGUUUUUGAUUUUUUUUAAUGUAUGUGUCCUGUGUCUCUCACAAUAAUUGAAGGGUUUUUGUUUUUUAUACAUUCUUUAAUUGGGUUGGAAAGGGCAGUUUUAGUUCUGUUUCUUCUACCUUCACUUUUGUAUAUUUUAUAUUGAGAAUUAGGGGUUUUUUUUCCAUUAAAUUCUUUCCCCAAGAGAUUUCUAAAAAGAGAGAAUCAAGAUCUCAUUCUUCAGAUGCAGCCUUCAUUAUCUAUAUAAAGCUUUGUGAAGACUGUUGUGUAUCUAAUUUACUUUUUGGUUUGUAUGGAAUCCAUUUAUGGUCAGAUUAUAGAAUUCUGAAAUUAAUUUUACAUCUUUCUCACUUAUUAAAUUGUACACAUAAAUAACAUCUAUUGAUUUGAAAAUUCCCAUAUGAGAUAUAACUAAUUUCCCUAGAAUUUGUCAAAAAUAAUAAUUUACAUUGUAUAGUUUUCUUUAAAGGGUCCCUCUAACCACCAUGGCAAUCUUGCAUGAUUGCAAAGUUUUAAUGUAGAGAGAACAUCACAUCCAUCCUGCUGAGAUUUCAUUGAGUCUAAGAAAGCAAACCAAUUGGAUCACUUGUGGGGUAAUUCCUUUGAUUGCAAUUUACACACUAUGUAUUUGUGUAUGGUAAACACAGCUUUAUCAGCAUUAGACAGCCUUCUAAAAUCUUUUAUUUUUUUAAUUUGAAAUUAAAUUCUGUUUGCUGUGUAUACUUACUAAAAUAUGUUUUUCUCAUAUGUUGAGGUAUAUUAUUCCCUGUAUGUUCUGUCUCUGUAUGUGUGCAGAGUUUGCAUUGGUCUGUACUCUCUCAAUAUAAGCCAGUAAUGUCCUAAGCUUCUCUUUUCAAAGGAUCUGCGAUCAGCAGUAAUGAAAAUAUGCAGUUUUUUGGGCAAAACACUUGAUGAUGAAGCAGUGGAUACUGUGGUGGAAAAAGCCACAUUUAAAAACAUGAGACAUGACCCACUGGCAAACUAUACAUUUUUACCUCAAGAUAUCAUUGAUCAAAGCAAAGGAAGUUUUCUUCGUAAAGGUACUGGUACACAUUUAUUUAUAGUCACCUAUUUACAUACUCAUACAGCAUAAAUAUGCCCUAUUGUGACCCCUCUGUCAUGCCCCCCUCCCCAACAUGGUGCAGAAUUUUUUUUUUUUAGAUACAUAAAUGAGAAAAGGAAAGUAAAACAAGGAUUAGUUAGAUUAAAAACAGAAGGAAGGUAUGUAGAAGAGGAUAGGUCUGACUGUCUCAAUGAAUAUUUUUUGUUCAGUAUUUACAGAUGAAAUGGACCUCAGUUAGGAAAAAGGACAAAUUAGUCAUUUAUUACAUGUGAGUUUACAGAGGAAGAGGUUCUAUUUCAACUGUCAAAAGUAAAUACAAAUAAGUCAAUGGGGCCUGAUGGAAUACACCCAAGGUUAUUAAAGAGCUUAGUGGUGUACUUAAUGGAUUUAUUUACCCAAUCAUUGUUAACAGGAGUAGUCCCAGAAAGUUGGGAGUUAGCAAAUUUUGUGCCCAUUCACAAGAAAGGUAACUGAGGCCUUACUUCAGUAGUGGGGAAAUAAUGGAAACCAUGUUAAAGGAUAGGAUUGUUGAACAUCUAAAAUUACAUGGAUUCAAGAUCAGAGACAACAUGGGUUUACUUCAGGGAAAUCAUGCCAAACUAAUCUUAUUUUUUUUUUUUUUUGCUUGGGUAACUAAAAUAAUAGAUCAGGGUGGUGCAGUAGACAUUGCUUACCUAGAUUUCAGUACAUAAAAGGCUUAUCAAUAAACUGCAAUAUUUAAGUUUGGAUUCCAAUACUGUUGAAUGGGUAAGGCAGUGGCUGAGUGAUGGGCAACAUAGGAUUGUAAUCAAUGGAGUAUAUUUGAAGCAUGGGAUUGUCACCAGUGGGGCACCCUAGGAAUCUGUACUUGAACCCAUUCUCUUUAAUAUUUUUAUCAGUGAUAUUGCAGAAGGUUUUGAUGUUAAGGUAUGUCUUUUUGCUGAUGAUACUAAGAUAUGUAACAGGGUUGAUGUUCCAGGAGGGAAAGGUCAAAUGGCAAAUUAUUUAGGUCAACUAGAAAAAUGGUCAGAGUUAUGGCAGCUUUGCUUAUAACUGCAAGAGAAUGCAUCUUGAACGUAAGAACCCAAGGGCAGAGUACAGAAUAUUUGAUAGAGUCCUAAUCUCAACAUCUGAGUAAAGAGAUUUAGGAGUAAUUAUUUCAGAUGACUUAAAGGUAGGCAAACAAUGUAAUAGAGCAGCAGGAAAUGCUAGCAGAAUUAUUGGUUUUAUAGGGAGAGGUAUUGGCAAUAUAAAGAGGGAAGUGCUCAUGCUAUUAUGCAGAACACUGGUGAGACCUCACUUGGAGUAUUGUAUGCAGUACUGGAGACCGUAUCUCGAGAAGAAUAUUGAUACUUUAGAGAAAGUUCAGAGAAGGGCUACUGGUUCAUGGAUUGCAGGGUAAAACUUACAAGGAAAUGUUAAAGGAACUUAACAUGUAUAGCUUGGAGGAAAGACGAGACAGGGGAAAUGAUAAAAGCAUUUAAAUAAAUAAAUAAAGGGAAUCAACACAGUAAAGGAGGAGACUAUAUCUAAAAGAAGAAAAACUACCACAACAAGAGGACAUAGUCUUAAAUUAGAGGGGCAAAGGUUUAAAAAUAAUAUCAGGAAUUAUUGCUUUACUGAAAGGGAAGUGGAUGCACAGAAUAGCCUUCCAGCUGAAGUGGUAGAGGUUAACACAGUAAAGGAGUUUAAGCAUGCGUGGGCAUAAAGCUAUCCUAACUAUAAGAUAAGGCCAGGGACUAAUGAAUGUAUUUAGAAAAUUGGGCAGACUAGAUGGGCCGAAUGGUUCUUAUCUGCUGUCACAUUCUAUGUUUCACAUUCUAUAUUAAAAACCCCUUCUGUAUCUUACUUAAGUCCAGCUUGUUCAGGCUCUGCCUCUGCUCCUGCACAUGUUCAUCAAUGGUCGUGCGUGCAUUAGCGUGUAUAGCUACAUGAUGCUGGAUGUCCUUUUGUGAAAGAUAUGGUGUACGUGGCUAGCUAUCUGUAGGAUCCAUCAUUUGCAGUCAAAGGAUUGUAGGCUCAGGGUAAUAGAAACCAGUGGUGUUGCUAUGGAAAUUGAGGAGUGGGCAUAGAUAUGCAGUUUUGCCCAAUCUUAAACCUCCAGCAGAAAUCUGGUCAUGGGGAAGAUCUCUACAUGGAAGGUCUUUUGUGUCUUGGGAUCCAGAAUAAGAAACGUAUGCCCUUUUGUCAUGACCAGCAGAACUCAAUGCUCUCCCAUUGUGAUGGCUUAGGCUCAGUAUAUUGGGAUGUACCAGAAUUUUAGAUGCCAUGAUCAUUUUUCUGUUUUGCCAUACUAAUCUGCCUAGUAUAAAUUUAUGUGAAUUCAGAUACUCCACCAGUAGAGGUGUCUGUAGUGUUUUCAGAAGGUACUCUAAUUUUGGGAGAAUUAACAUUUUAGCAGCUGCUAUAUAUCCCAGUGAUUUUAUGAUUUGCCCUGCCAUGACUGAAGAGUAGAUGCUAUUUGGUCAGUUAUGCAUAAUUCAAAUUAAAGAGGUCUUUUAGAUUUCUUACGAUUCUGAUCCCCCAGAGAGUUAUGCAAUCAAACCCAAAGGCCUGCAGGAAAUGGGAGACUGCAGUAGAAAGUAUUCCCACACCCAUGGCUUGUGUUUUGUUCAUAUCUAGCUUAUAGUAGGACUGUUUACUAUAUUCUUGGAUCUAUUUAUGUAAAUUUGGUAGGGAAGUGAGUGACUGCAUUAUGGAGAGUAAGAUAUAAUCUGCAAACAAUAUUUAUGUGUAUUCUCUUUACCCCAUCACAAUCCACCAAAUGGAUCUGCUCUAUUUGAAGCAGCCAUGGGUUCUAAUACUAACAUGUAAAGCAACUGUCAUGCUCCUGAGCAGGUCAAAGAGGAGACGAUUGCAAGGGUUAUUGGUUAAAACAUUGUCGUAUUAGACAUAAUAAAUUUACUGAAAAUAAAUAAUAAAGGGCAGUCUGCCACAAACAGGAUACUUUGUGAGAAAAAACAGGGUUUGGUGAUAUGCCACAAACAAAAUCUUUAGAAAGUAAAUGAAUAAAGUCUUUUGUAUACAAGCAAGCUUGAAGUUAUACCAACUAGUUAAGGAUUUCCAGGAUACUUUGCAAUGUAGCUAGUUAUAGGUAAAUACCUUUUAGGAUAAGACAAUACAGGAUCAUGCAGAGUUGUAGAGGUUGAAACAGGUAGGUAUAUUCCAAAAUAAUAUAAUGCAGGUUGCUUACAAGAUCAUGCAGUGAUGCAGCAAUUGAAGCAGUUAAGAUUCUUCGAUGAAGGCAAUAUGCCACAAAUCAGGAUUCUUGGAAGCUGAUAAGGAAAGUCUUUCGGUAAGAUGUAGUUCAGGCAAAUUCAGGAGUAAUGCAGGUUAGUGCCUUUCAGGAACAGAGAUUCUUUAUCAGAGCAUAGACUUCAAUGUCAAGGCACUGUUAUGUGCCGGCCGUAGACUUAUCAAGCCUCCUAAUUAGUUAAUCCAGGUGAGGUUAUUAAGGUGAGUGAAUAGAUUAGUGGCUAGGGAGGCCACUAGAGGAGAAAAUCAUGAAGUUCACUUAAAGGGCCAGUAAUAAACGAAAAAGUCUUACAUGUCAGUUUUGAAACCUGACGGCACAGGGAUAGGGGUCAUCCCUGUCUUCUGACAAUGGGUUGGGGGUGGGGUUGCCCAACUUAGGUAAAGUCGGUCACUACAUCUUCUAACAGUACUGAGUGUAAAAGCGGAGUAUGAACUAUAGUAUUAAAUAAGGCUGCCAUAUGUGGGGUUGAGUAUCUACGGGUAUUUUUUAUAAUAGGUGUUAGAGAAACCAUCGGGCACUAGGACUUUUCUAUCUGGUAAACAUUUUUAUGGCGCCAAUCACCGCAAAUGUAACUAUUAUGGCGCCAUCUGAUUUGCCUGUUUUGUUGUCAAUGUUAGGAGAAUUACUGAGUAUAGGUACUGUUGUACCCAGAGGCAUAACUAGAAACCACGGGGACCCUGUGCGAAUAUUGCCCUGCCCCCCCCCAUAUGUCUCACCUCUCUAGUAAGACAGAAUUGGAGCGUUUAACGAGAUAGAAUGAGUAUGGCAGGGUGAAAGGGAGUGGGUGUGACAGAGUGAUAGAGAAAAUGCACGGCAAGAUUGGGGGUGAGUGUGAUAGUGCCAGAGAAGGUGAGUGUGAUAGAGUGAAUAUGGCAGCAAUGGGAAGGGAGUAUGGCAUGGUUGAGUGACAGGAUUGGGGGAGUUAUUGUGAGUGUAGCAGGGUGAAGGGGGAUGACAGUGUGUGUGGUGGGGUGACAGUUACACAGACACACAGGUGCAUUCACUAACACACAUGCAGACAGUGGCGUACAUACCAGGGUCGCAGGGGUCGCAGCUGCGACCGGACCCGGCCCACCAGGGGGCCCGGCCGCCCCUGCGACCUGGUAUGUACCCACAGGGCCAGCCUCUUCUCCUGGGGGACCCAGGAGCCGGCCACCUCAGGGCCCCCCUGAGGCUGGCCCUGCUGACCCCGGCGGGCGGGCUGGCUGUCUGGGUGGCCGGCGCGCGAGGGAGCACUCUCCCCUGUGUGCUUCCUCUUCACCUCCCUCGCGCACCGCACUGAUAUCGGAGCCGGAAGAUGAAUUCAUCUUCCGGCGCCGGCAUCCCUAUGCGGCGCGCGAGGGAGCUGAAGAGGAAGCACACAGGGGAGAGUGCUCCCUCGCACGCCGGCCACCCAGGCAGCCAGCCCGCCCUCCCAGCAGCACCACUGGACCCCAGGGAACCCCCCCCCCAGCUCUCCAAAAGGUAAGGAGGCUGGGGGAUUAAAUUUUUUUUUUUUUUAAAUGUGUGUGUGUUAGUGUGUGUUUGUGUGUGUGUUUGUGUGUUAGUGUGUGUGUGUGUGUUAGUGUUUGUGUGUAUGUUAGUGUUUGUGUUAGUGUUUGUGUGUGUGUGUUAGUGUGUGUGUCAGUGAGUGUUUCUGUUAUUGGGUGUGUGUCUGCUAGUGAGUGUGUUACUGUGUGUGUCUGUUACUGAGUGUGUUUGAUGUCUGUUAGUAAGUGUGUGUUUGUCAGUGAAAGUGUAUGUUUUGUAAGUGAGUGUGUUUGUAUGUCUGUCACUGAGUGUGUCUCUGUCAGUAAAUGUGUGUGUCUGUUUGCUAGUGUGUAUGUGUCUGUUCGUGAGAGUGUGUGUGUGUGUGUCUUCAGCAUCUACCUUUCUCCAGCGUCGGACUCCAUUGGCUCUGGGGAUCCCUCCGCCUCUCAGCUCCGAAUGCACAUUACUCAAUGCUUUCCUAUGGACGUUCAGUGUCUUCUCACUGUGAUUUUCACAGUGAGAAUCGCGGAAGCUCCUCUAGCGGCUGUCAAUGAGACAGCCACCAGAGGCUAUGUUUUCAGCUGCAGGGUUAAAACUAGAGGGACCUGGCACCCAGACCACUUCAUUGAGCUGAUGUGAUCAUUGACAGCUACUAGAGGAGCUUCCGCGAUUCUCACUGUGAAAAUCACAGUGAGAAGACACUGAACGUCCAUAGGAAAGCAUUGAGUAAUGCUGGGGCAUGAUCUGACCAUGACAAAUGGCCUAUGUAGCAAUCCACUAUUUGGUUGAGAGCUGAGUCAGGGACAAAGAAGCGGUCAAUCCUGGAGUAGGAAAUGUGGACUUGGGAGAAAUAAGUGUAUUCCUUGGCACCUGGCUUUAACAUGCGCCAGACAUCUUUUAAGUUAUGUGUUGUGAGUAAUUUAUUCAUUAUUUUACUUUGAUGAGUUAUCCUUCUGAAUCUCGAGGAGGAUUAAAGUAACGUGAAGUCUAAACCAGGAUGAAUUAUGUGAUUUAUGUUACCACAUAUUACUGUAAUAAUGUAUAGAGGGAGAUACCUUGGCCAGUAGUUUAAGGAGAAAAUGUCUUUGAUCGGUGUUCGUACCAUAUAUAUUAAUAAUAGUAUAGGUCACAUUAUUAAGUGAGCAGUUUAGGAGCAAGAACCUAAUCUCUAGGUCGACCAUUUUGUUAUUUAGUGCAAAGGCUAUUAUUUUGCUAAUAAGAAUGGAAACUUAUUUGAUAGCUGGUGGUGGCAUGAAAGGAAUGGGUGUCAUGGACAAACUAAUCUAUAGCCUGGUGGGGCCAAUCUUAGUAGACAUGAGCAUCCUGUGGAGAUGUUCACCUGCCAAGGUACACUUCUAAGAAUUGGGGACUUGUACAUUCACCACAUGGGAUGGGCAUAGGGCCCGCAAACUUGGAUAGCAUCAAUAAUAAUAUUGAGGCCGCCCACAAGGCCCAUUAAACUAAGUAAAAGAGAAACCGUAAAAUUAGUACAGCUAGAAAGCUGAGAACUCUGAUGUUGGGUGCUGUACCACUUAUGGGUACGUUGGAGAGUGUUCAGUCAAGAGAGCCUCCUAAUCUUGACUCAGUCCCCCAUUAUGAGUGUCUGAAAAUUACCUCUGUGGAAGAUCCCUACUAUGUAAUGGUGCCAUUUGGUUUUUAAGCCAACUAACACUGUAGAUUUUAUUUUGUGUAUAUGCAUAUGAAAUGUAUAUGUUUUUUUUAAGCCCACUAACACUGUCAAUUUCAUUUUAUCUAUAUGCAUAUGAAAUGUAAUAUGAUUUGUAAAAAGUUUUUUUUAAAUUUAAAAAAAAUCUCUACCUAAUUAAAUGUACACCUGAUAAGGAGGCUUCGCUGAUCCCACAUGACAAGGUGUUCAGAAAUUACUCCUCGCCUUAAUUGGCACAAUAGUGUAUGGUAGGCAUGUGCAUGGGGAAAAUAUUCAGCUUGGUUCGGCAUUCCGAAAUUCGGGACUUCGUUAAUUCGGGAAUUCGGCACUUCGCCACUUCGGCACUUGAACACUUCGCCACUUCGGAACUUCAGCAACUUCGGCACUUCGGAUCUUAGACACUUCGGCACUUCAGCAACUUCAGCACUUCGGGAACUUCGGAAAUCUCGUGCAUCUCGGGACUUCUCUUGCAGCCGCUUGGUAGAUAACUCCCUAAUUCCCACGGUAUUAGGUAGAUAUCUACCAAAAGGCUGAAAGACCUUAAUUGGUCUUUCAGCCAAAUUUACUAAUACUAAGUAAAAAUUACUUAGUAUUAGUAAAGUGUGCCCCUACUCGCUAGUAAAUCACUGUUUAAAAAAAAAAAGCGGGUGGGGGCCCUAAAUACAAAUUGGGGGAGGACCUAUUGUCCUCCCCCCUGGCCCCCAUCCCUGAGCAGUGGGUGGAGGCCCUAAAUACAAAUUGGGGGGGACCUAUUGUCCUCCCCCCUGGCCCCCACCUCUGAGCGGUGGGUGGGGCCUUAAACAAGAAUAAGGGGGACCUAAUGUUCUCCCCCCGGCCCCCACCCCUGAGCGGUGGGUGGGGGCCCUAAAUACAAAUUGGGGGGGACCUAAUGUCCUGGCCCCCACCCCUGAGCAGUGGGUGGGGGCCCUAAAUGAAAAUUUAACCCCCCCUCCCCCAACCCCUAGUCACCCCCUCCCGAAGAAAAUAAACCCCUACCAACCCCCCUCACCCUAAAAAUAAUGAGGGGGACCUUUAACUAAGUACAUGUAAAAAUAAACAUAAACUUACCAUUUGAUGUUUUCUUUCUUCUAAAAUCUUAUUUUUUUUAGACCCGAAAAAGGCCAAAUAAAAAGCCAUAAUAACCAACGCAAUAAAAAAAAAAAAGAGCGCAAAAAAAUAAUCCAUCUUCACCCAUGGAGGGCUCCGCACAGACUGAGCUCUGAAGGGAGGGGGAAGGCUUAUAAAGCCUUGCCCUGCCCUGCAAUUAGGCUCAGAGCACUCUGAUUGGUGGGUUUAAGCCAUCCAAUCAGAGUGCUCUGACAGGUAAAUGAAGAAACUGUGUCAUUUUACACAGCGUGGGAAAGUUCUUUGGAAUUUUCCCUCGUUGUGUAAUUUGACUCAUUACACUCUGAUUCGUGGAUUAAGUAACCAAUCAGAGAGUUAUGAGUCAAAUUACACAGCAUGGGAAAAUUCCAAAGAACUUUCCCACGCUGUUUAAAAUGACACAGAGCACUCUGAUUGGUGGAUUUCAAACCAACCAGUCAGAGUGCUGUGACAGGUAAAUGUAGAGACUUACCUGCUCUGAGCCUAAUUGCAGGGUGGGGCAAGGCUUUAUAAGCCUUCCCCGACCCUGCAGAGCUCAGUCUGCACGGAGGUGGGGUGGGAGCCAGGACGGAGGACAUUAGGUCCCCCCCAAUUUGUAUUUAGGGCCCCCACCCACCGCUCAGGGUGGGGGCCAGGAGGGAGGACAUUAGGUCCCCCUCUUAUUCUUGUUUAGGGCCCCCACCCAACGCUCAGGGGUGGGGGCCAGUGGGGAGGACAAUAGGUCCUCCCCCCUUUUUUUACUUUAGGGCCCCCACCCGCCGCUCAGGGGUGGGGGCCGGGGGGGGGCAAAAGGAUGCUCACUUUGGCACUUUGACACCUCGGAACUUCGGAACUUUGGCACUUCAGCAAUUCGGCACUACUACACUUCGGAAAUUCGGUAAUUUCGGCACUUCGGCAAUUCAGCUAUUCGUAAAUUCGGAAGCACCCGAAUGUCUGAAUUACCUGAAAUUCGGCCGAAUUUUCAUUCAGACCGAAACAAAUUGCACAAGUCUAGUGUAUGGGUUUGAGAUCAAGAGAGACCCCAUUGGCACAUAAAGAGUAAUAGAUGUUUCCUCAAGGGCCUAAUAGUUUAACAAAUGUUACCAUAGCAUAUCUUUCUCUCCUCAGACCCUCUCUACACACAUUUUAAAGUAUUACAUAGUAUAAUUGCUCAGUAUACUUGCUCCUUCUUCCCAUGCUAAAAUAAACAGCUCUACAUGAAGGGCUUAGUGGCGCUGUCUAUUCAAGGUCAGAGUUAGCACUGGGGGGAACCUUCAGGAGAUGUAUGAGAAUCUAGGCCCCAUGUAUCCAGCAGCUUGAGGGCAUUUUCUGGCAUGGUCACAAUUGUGGCCAUUGUGGUAUAGCAUUAGCUUUACUGGGUAUCCCCGUUUAUAGGGUAUGUGGUGUUGCCUCAGAGUGUCAGUGGUCUACUAAAGCAACAUCCUAUUUCUCACAUCGUAAGAUGACAUCGUAAGAUGACAGGUUGGCAUAAAUAUGAAUGUUAUUAUACUCUGCGGGUAAAUCAUUCUUGGAUCUGCUGGACUUCAGGAAGGACUCUUUGACGUGAUGGUAAUGUAGGUACAAGUUGUUUAGUCUUUACCAGUCCUCAGAAUCUAUGAGCUUUGCUUCGUAAACCUAAAUCUGUGCUUCCACUUGUUGCAGUCAAUAAGCUAGGCUUUUAUGAGCUUCUACAAAUUCAUCUAUUAUUAAUAUGACGUGGGACAUUCUGGCAUCCAGAUCCUGUACGUAUAUUUCCCACAAAUUUCUGAAAUAUUUGUAAAAUCUUGUCUCCACCACUCUCCUACUUACAUGCGCUUGGGAGGUCCCAUCACACCCCCACUAUUUCUCAACAUUACAGAUCAAUUUAUUAAUUAUUUCACUCAUAAAGACAUCUCGGGAUGAGGCUGAGGUUUGGAGACUCUGUGUAAGAGUGUAAAACAUACCACAGAGGAAGGUCUGCAGAUCAGCCUGUUGGACUGUCUCUGGGAUUCACUGCAGGUACAAGUUGUUUAGUCUUUACCAGUCCUCAGAAUCUAUGAGCUGUGCUUCGUAAACCUAAAUCUGUGCUUCCACUUGUUGCAGUCAAUAAGCUAGGCUUUUAUGAGCUUCUACAAAUUCAUCUAUUACUAUGACGUGGGACAUUCUGGCAUCCAGAUCCUGUACGUAUAUUUCCCACAGAUUUCUGAAAUAUUUGUAAAAUCUUGUCUCCACCACUCUCCUACUUACAUGCGCUUGGGAGGUCCCAUCACACCCCCACUAUUUCUCAACAUUACAGAUCAAUUUAUUAAUUAUUUCACUUUUCUGAUGACAUUGCUAAGCCUAUUUUCUGGAAAUGUUACUGUAAGAAUUUUUAUGUUAACCCUGUGUAAUAAUUAUUUGUCCCUUUUUAGGCACCAUUGGGGACUGGAAAAAUAUAAUGACAGUGGCACAGAGUGAGAUGUUUGAUCAAGUGUUUGAAGAGAAAAUGAAAGAUCUAAAAAUCAAGUUUACAUGGGCUAUUGAUGAAACCAAUUGAAUUUUGCCACAUUAUAUUCAUAUAACUGGUGACAAUUUCUAAUAAAAAAAUAUGCAAAUAAAUUAAAAUACAUGUUAUUUCAGUACUCACCAUUUCCUUAAAAUUAUUUUUUUCAAAACAAUGG